CGUUCAUUGCGAUGUAAAGUCACUGUAAAUAUCGACUUGAAUCACGAUGUGCGUAGGUCCGAUUUCAGCCAGAAUAAUUGAUACUCUGUUGUUGUUGUUAAAUUAAAAGUUUAUGUUAUCUAACCAUCAAAGUGGAGAGAUUAUACGUUCAGAUUGCAUUGCUUAGAUUACAGUGUUGUCCCGUAAGAAACCGUGAAUGUUGGAAAACCGGUUGAGCAACAACAACAGCACAAACCAGCUCUGCACUUCAGCUCCGCCCACAAAGGACAAAACUCUAUGAGUUUGCCGUGAACUUUCCUGUUCGCCUGAAUGAGUCACAAGUUCCCGUAGAUCGGCUGGGUGAGAUGGAUCUGUAGGAUAAAGGCGUGUUUCAGUUUAGGACUGGACUAUAACGGCGGCCCGAGGAUCCUUGUACUCAUGGAUUGCUGUGACACGUCACCGGGACACUUCAGGGACUUCAAGAGGGACGACUUUGAGGCCGAAUGGAUUAAGGUGGCCGAAGGUAGAUUUGGUCAUGUGUACCAAGUCAAAGUCAAGCUCUGGCGGGAAAAAUGUGCUCUGAAAACCUUUGACGCAACCUCGUCUGCCAACAACUUUUACAGGAAAACAAAAGAUGCGUUGUCCAUCAUAGCCAAGCUGAAGUUUAAAUACAUUUUGUCCAUCUACGGCGUGUGCAGUGAAGCUACAGGUGUUGUCACGGAGUACAUGAGUAACGGAUCCCUAAACAACCUCCUAGCCAGUCACAGCUUCAUGUGGCAAAAGAAGUUCCAGAUGAUCCACGAGAUUUCUAUGGCCAUGAAUUUCCUUCACAGCGCGAAACCUCCGCUGCUUCAUCUUAACCUCAAGACGUCCAACAUCCUUCUGGACGAUCAUCUCCAUGUCAAGGUUUCAGAUUUUGGUCUUGUCCACUGGGAGGACGGCAUGUGCAAGACGACGUUCAUGGAGCGCCUGACGGCAAGAGGGAACAUAAACUACAUUCCUCCUGAGGUCUUCACCGAAUGCUCCGAUUCACCGGGAACUGCUUUCGACGUUUACAGCUUCGGGAUAGUGAUUUGGGAGAUACUGACACAGCAGAAACCCUACACAGGGUGCAGUGUGACCACAGUGCUGCUGCAGGUAUCAAAAGGGAAGAGGCCCUGCUUGGAGAUGAUUCCUGAGAAGAGGCCCCCGGAGUGUGACGAGCUGAUCUGCAUCAUGCAACAGUGCUGGGACAAGAACCCCCAGAAGAGGCCCCUAUUCUCAGACACUGUGAGGAAAACAGAGACUCUGAACGAAGUCCUGAAGAUCCCAGGAACAAUAACUGGUCAGAGGAAAGACAACGCUGAGCAGGAAUCACAGUAUCCCUGGAUGUUCUCGCCAGUACACAAAGUCAGUUUACCUGAGAUGCCUGAAACACUUUCAGAUGACCAACACGACAAGAACAGCAUUCUCUCUAUGCUGGCCAAAAAGGACUUCAGUAGUUUCAGGCAGUCUGUGAAAGGAGAUGACGUGUGCAUGCAGUUUUCGGGCCAUAAGAGCCUCCUUCACUUCACGGUAGCCAGCGGUGAUGCAGAAAGUGUCAAGCAUGUCCUGAGUCUGGGUGCUGAAGUGAACUGUACAACCGCCAGAGGUUACACUCCCCUUACCAUCGCUGUUUUGCAAAGGUUUUAUGACAUCACCUGUUUGCUGCUGGACCAUGGAGCAUCUACAUCGCAGGGGGACAAAGACCAGUGGACGCCGCUGCAUUUUGCUGCACAGAAUGGUGACGAUCGAACCAUCCGCCUCCUGCUGGAAAAAGGAGCCGCGGCCGACGUGCAAGAAAAAGCCGGUUGGAUGCCGCUCCACCUGGCGUGCCAGAACGGCCACGAGACGGUCGUGCGCCUGCUGCUUUCGCGGAUGUCAGAAGACGCCAUUGUAAAUCGGGUGGAGGAGGAAGGUAGAACACCGCUCCACAUUGCAUGCUCCUACGGCCAUGUCAACAUUGCCAAGCUUCUCAUGGGUCGCGGCGUGGAUCCGAACGCUACGGACUACUCUUUUUCCACCGCUCUCCAUCUGGCAGCCGAGCAAGGCCAUAACCGUAUAGUCAGACUCUUGUUGACUAAGGAGGUCAAAACUGACAUUUCCGACAUCAGGAGAUCCACGCCGCUUCAUCUGGCUGCUCUGAAGGGUCAUGCUGGCAUUUGCAGGCAGCUGCUUUCCAACGGGGCCAACCCGAACUGCAAGACCGAUCAAGGGUGGACUCCCAUGCACCUGGCAGCCCUAAGAGGACAUGAGGCUGUGGUGGUCCUUCUGGAGAAUAAGGGCGGUUCGGUGAACGCAAAAGGCCAGAACGGAUGGACUCCACUGCACCUGGCCUGCCACCAGAGUGAAUCGGAGGUAGUUCUGAAGCUUCUGGCAGCAAAAGCUGACCCAAACGUCAAAGAGGAAAGUGACGGAUGGACACCCCUGCACCUCGCCUGUGCCAGCCUUUGCUUGCCGUGUGUCCUCCACUUGAUAUCGCAUCAAGCAGACGUCAAUGCAUUAAACUCAGGAAAGGCAACACCUCUACACUUAGCUUGCCAACAUGGCUGCGUGCCCAUUGUCAAAGGCCUGCUGCUAAAUGGAGCAGACAAGACACUGAUGGACUCGUCUGGAUCCACAGCUCUGAAUGUAGCCCAGAGGUGUGAAAAAUGGGAAAUCGUAGAGCUACUGAAAAACGAAUGUGAAUUGUAAAUUACAACAAAUUAAAAAAAAAAAAAAAAAAAAAAAAUUAUUGACUACAGUGCAGUAUUGCUGACCAGGUCAUUUUGACUUUGGUGUGACAUUUUAUUCCAGGGUGUUGAAGGUUUUUGAUAAGUUUUGUCGUUUUUGUUAUGACAAGGAUAUUUUUAAAACGUGGAUUAGAAACAGACUUUUAUCAUUAGGUUUGUCCAACACCCAAGUACAAAUAUAUAAAUAUAUAAUCGAGGCCGACUUAGAUUUUGCUCAGGCAACUAAAUAGGCCCGGUCUCACGAUUGGCUUUUCACAGAUUACUCUGUUUUUUUCUUUACAAGCACAUGAUGAAACUAGUUGGCUAUCCAGCAGAUCAUAUUUACAUAACCAAUAAACAUGAGGCCAUAGCAAAGCCUGUGAACAACACCACAUGUUGUGGGGCAGUGUUUUUUUGUUUUUUUUGUUUUUUCUUGUGUGUUUAUUUUGUUUGCUGAGCAUCACCAGGCGCCUCACCAUGGUGUGGUGACCCGAGUGGUCAGCCGUAUCACAAACAUCCAGUAUAGAUGUUUUCCAUAUUCAAAUGUUGCUUUGGUUACAUGAGAAAACCUGUUUUUAUUACAUUUGUCAAACAAUCCUGUUAUCUCAAUGCGAAUGACGAGCUAAAAAAAGAAAUAAAACAGCACUGUCUAAAAUGGUACUGCCACUGUUCCCGAAGCAAUGUGUGUAAAUUUAAGAGAACUGCUUUCAGGCUUGUUAAAUCUGACAUCAGCGGUACAGUGAAACAUGACAAGAGAGUUUAAAUAUGGGAUUCAAGGCGCAUUAUUCUUGUCAUUGGGAGAAAAGCAAAACAAAAGGAGAGUGGCUGUAAGAACUUCUACACACCCUUAUUUAAUGUAGACAAAAUUUUCAGUCAAAAAUCUGGCUAAAUAAAAAUUGACAGUAUUUUUCAUAAAAAAAAAAAAAUCCACUGUGUGCCUAAUGAUAGGAUAAGAUAAUUAUAAGCCAAUUCCAACACAGCAAUGGGAGUGCUACACAGCUUGCGCCAUGCUCAGAGUGACAUCUUAUUAAAAUGAAAUGAAAUGCCUGUAUUCGGGAGCAUCAGUGACCUACACUAUGCUUUCACAGGACUCAUCCUGCAACUGGAAGACUCAAACGUCUGGAUGGAGAACCAAGAGUUCAAACUAACCACAUGACUAUAAAUAGCCAUAAACUGGGGUAAGAUUUUUUAUCCUGCGGUGCCAAAGUAACAGUGAUGUGUUAAGCAUGAGAUUUCAGAAGACAAUAAUGUUUCCCACCUCUUCACUGUGAUUGACCUCCAUGUAAUUUAGGUUCUUUCAGGUUGGUUGAUUACUCUUUCACGCAGUUUUGAAUGAUUGUGACUGAAAGAACAAACAAAAAUAAAAAUAACAUGAAAUCA